AUGGAACAUCAGCUUUUUCACCAGCCAUUAACCACGCCCGUGAUUGUAUGCAAGCUAUGUGAAUAUGGUAUUCGACCAAAAGAGGUUUUUCGACAUCUCCAAUCCGUGAAUCACCGGAUCCCUAAGCCGAAAGCAUGCCAGAUUGCCGAGGCAGUUCAGAAAUGGGAUCGUACGGCGGAAUGUGAUGAAUGGCAGCCACCAUUAGUGGUUAACCAACCAGUUCCAAACCUGCCUGUUUACUCAGAUGGUAUUUUAUGUGAGCAAGGCCCGUUUUGCCAUUUUAUCGCCCGGAGUAUUGGAACUAUGCGAAACCACUGGCGUGAUCAGCAUAGCUGGGUCGCACCUAUACACCGGGGUGGCCGUCGGCGCCAGCAGAAUUCUUCGGUAGCGGAGCAACAAGUCCAACAAUUCACUCGAAUCGUCCGAUGUCAACGUGCGUUUAAUCACGGGCUAGGGUCCUAUUACAUCCGCGUUCAAACCCUCGGAGUUGACGCCGUUACCGAGGCCGAUUCGGUAGCAACGCCUCACCUUCAUGAUCGUCUUAUUGAUCAGAUCGAACGGGCAUAUACUGAAAGGGCAGAGCAGCCCCAGAUAAUCGAGGCUAGCCAACGAGACGAGACGAAUCCAUGGCUUCGGAGGACCCAGUGGGCCGUCUAUCUUCAAGGGAUUAACCCGCAGGACCUCGUGGACUGCGUCCGUGCCCCCGAUCCCGAAGCGCCCGAUCAGACCGAGCAGGCCGCCUAUACAAUUUGGAAUUCAAUGGCCACUGUAGCUCGCAUCAGCUAG